AUGACCAACAACACUCCUCUUAUUGACAAUGUUCAGCUGAAUAAUUACACAGUACAACCAGAUGACGACACCAGUGAAGUAUCUAGUGUUCAUAUUGAUACAGAUGAAAUCCCUCACGUCAUGGGUUAUCGUCCAACUCCACCAAGAACAGACUUAAAUCUUCCAACAAUUGAAGCUCUCGAGUCAUUCAAGAAGCAUAGGACAUGCUCUGUUGGAAAUAUUCUUUGGACAUUAUUCUUUGGUUGGUGGGUAAGUUUAUCCUUUGUUAUUUUAAGUCUUUUCUUCUUUAUUACUAUAGUAUUCUACAAACAUGGCUUAUUCUGUCUUAGAGCAGCAUGGUUUGUCUUGUAUCCAUUUGGAAAAAUCGCGUAUUCAAAGGAAACAACGAAAUCAAACAUUUUUGCUAAGAUUUUAUGGUAUCUAUUACUUCCAAUUUAUGGUACAACCACACUUGCGUCCGCUGCAUGCUCUUGGGAGCUUGUUUACUUCAUUCCAAUGGCGAAAACAAUGUUUAAGUUGUUAAAGCUUGCACUUGUCGAGAAUCCUGCCGACAUAUACUUUGCACCAUCUACAGAAAAGAAGACUGGCAUCCCUUUAAUCCUUUGCAAUA